AACCGUCUUCUUCCGAGCACUACGUUCCCUGGCGUAAACGCCGACGCCAGCUCGGACAGUUGACAUGCCUGGGCUCGGUGUUCCUCUCUUGCCAGGUACGAUUCGGCGUUGAAUCCAUCCGUCGCGGACUUGGUCGGGCCGUGACCCUUCCUUGUGACGAGUCCGUUAAAGGCGAAGCCUCGGCCCGUUUCGUCCUUUCUUUUGCGAUUCCUAAUCUUCGCACGAACUACCUUCAUUUUCAAGUCGUUUCCGAGAGACCUGCGAGUUCCUCUCAUCAUCGUCAGCGUGAACACUAUGGCGAAUCAGCAGGGUGCAAAGAUUACUGUCCACUGGCUGAACAAAUCCCGCGGCCAGCGAAUUAUUUGGCUCCUCGAGGAGCUUGGCCUUGAAUACGAGAUCAAAGUCUACAAGCGAAAUGCAGAGUUCAGAGCGCCUGCGUCGCUGAAGGAGAUCCAUCCUCUCGGAAAGUCGCCGACCAUCACUAUUGAAGCGCCCGGGGUGGAGAAGCCGCUCGUUCUGGCAGAGAGCGGCCCCAUUAUCGAGUACCUGUCUGAGCACUUCGGCCGCCAGCUGAUUCCUCAGCGAUACCCCGAAGGCAAGGAUGGCAUGAUUGGCGCGGAGACUGAGGAGUGGCUGAGAUACCGCUACUUGAUCCAUUAUGGCGAGGGGACUCUCAUGACAAUCAUGAUAAUUGCACUUAUUGUGAACAAUAUCCGAGGGGCUCCUGUGCUCUUCUUCCUGAAGCCAAUCACCAGGGCGAUCGCCAAUAAAGUUGAUGGAUCGUUCACCAAUCCCGAGCUGGAGACCAACCUCACUUUCCUGGAGGAUUAUCUCUCGAAAUCACCGAAUGACGGACAAUUCUUCUGCGGAACAAACCUCUCGGGAGCCGACAUAAUGAUGACUUUCGCGCUCGAAGGUGCAGUGAAGCGUGCGCCAAUGAAUGAGACGAGUUAUCCGAAGCUGUAUAGCUACGUGCGGAGAAUGCAAGCGAGAGAUGCGUAUAAGCGCGCUGGGGAGAGGGUGACUGAGGCUAGUGGGGAGAAGUACAUUCCCUUCUCAGAUCUCGAUAUGUAAGGACGCAAGAAGCGCAGGGUGGGACAUGGGAAUGAACGCCUUUUGGAUGGGGCUUUCAUAGAAUCCUCUUAAAGUUGCGAUUCUUAGGAACAAACGACAGCGGA